CUCCACGGCACUAGGUGGCAAUGCCCAGAACGCAAUGACAAAAGUUCAAAGUCAUAGGCUAGAUAUCUCAGUCUAGGGAAGUUUCUUACGUUCUCUAUAUUGUUAAAUUAUAGAUGCAUGUCUGAACACAACGUUAAAUAUGAAUUUAUUCCACGAGGACAAAGUAAAAAUUCCUUUCGGGUCCAAACACCUGGAUGCGGCUAUAUGCAUCCCUGCAGAAGCCAGCGAUGUGCGAACCGCCGUAGUUCUUACACACGGAGCCGGGGGGGAUAUGAACUUCAGACACCUGGUUUUACUCGCUGAAGCACUGUCUUCGGCUGGCCUACUAUGUUUGCGAUUUACGUGCAAAGGACUAAACCUCGUUUACAGAGUUAGGGCUUAUAAUGCCAUUGUGGAAUAUAUACAAAACCUGAAGACGUUCACUUUCAAAAACAUUUUUCUUGGUGGCCGGUCAAUGGGAGCCAGGGCUGCUGCUGCCUUGGUAAAGCAGCUGAGUGAGGAGGCUGGUGACUCAGUGCAAGGCCUGAUCUGUCUGUCCUUCCCACUGCAUCCUCCUGGACAGAUGCAUGCCCACAGCAAGCGCAGUGAGCAUCUCCUGGAGCUGACCCAAACGCCUGUGCUUUUCGUCUCCGGAACCGAUGAUGACAUGUGCCAGAGGGAUCUACUGGAAGAUUUAAGAAAGAAGAUGAAAGUUCCAACUGCAGUUCACUGGAUAGAGGGAGGUAGCCAUGGACUAGCUGUGAAAGGGAGGCCAGAAGAGGAAGUACUGCAGGAAAUUAACUCUGGUGUCACAGCAUGGAUCCUAGAACACAUUUAACUUCACGGUCUUCCUUCAAUUCAUGUUUUUUUUGUUGUUGUUUUUUUUAAACAUACAUUUUAUAAGCCAUUGUUUUUUGUUCAAAGAAAUAAAGUUAAUACUUUUA